CCGCCGCCUGGUCUUGGUCUGGGUCGCAGCUCAAUGUAAACAAACCCACAUGGGGGCGUUUCUGUGCAUCUGGCGGAGAUAAAAACACCCCAGAGAAAGAAGAAGAAGGGUCAAUCCUUAGUAAAUACGGGAUGUGAAUAGCGCCAAGAUCAAAGGCAUGGACUGUGAACCAUGGCAUAGUGCUGAGGAGUUUCCAGGUCACAGGGUCACGGCAGCAGCAUCCCUGGCAGGUGUUGGGCAGCCUAACUAGCCCCAUAAAACAUCCAGGAAGAAGAAGACUGGUGAUGCUCCCUGCUCACGAUCAUCUUCAUACCCAUACAACAACGUCACAACAAUGGGUAUCCGAGGCCUCUCCACCUACAUCCAUGAACACCUGCAUGAGGUUCUGGUCAAGCACAAGCUGCACCAUCGCAAGGUUGUUAUUGAUGGUAACAACCUUGCUCACAUCCUCUACUUUGAGUGCACAGGCAUAAACGCAGCCUUCGGGGGAGACUAUGACAAGUAUUCCAGCUUUGUUGAGGAGUUCUUCAAAGGGCUGCAGGAGUGUGAGGUCUACCCCAUCGUGGUCAUGGACGGAGGGCAGCCACUGGACAACAAGAAGAUGAACACCGUGAGGGAGAGAAUCACCAACCAGAUCCAGACGUGCCUCGGCAUCAUGCCCAGCAACCAGUACCGCCUCAAAGUCUUCCCCUGCAUGGGCCGGGACGUGUUUGUCUCCACGCUGAAGAAAAUGGGAAUAGUCGUACUGCAGACAGACUUCGAGGCAGACUUGGAGAUCGCCAUGUUAGCCAAAGAGCUGGAGCUGACUGUCCUGAGCAGUGAUUCAGAUUUCUUCAUGUUUGAUGUGCCCUUCAUCCUGCUGAGCUCCAUCACCUACAACAAGGUCAGCAUUGGCAAGAAGAAGAAGACUAAGGAGAUGUUUAGCUACAUUAGCUGCUACCACUUCAAUAAAGAGAAGUUCUGCCGGCUGACAGGUGUUGCGCCCGGCCACUUCCCCAUGCUGGCCACACUGCUGGGGAAUGAUUACCUCGCAUUCGAUCACUUUAAAGGCUUCUAUGCCAUUUUGGAGAACGAAAAUAGCAGAUCAAGAAUGACCACUCGCCACAGUACCAUAAAGAACGUCCUGGAUUGGUUAUCACGACACAAGGAGAAAACUUUGGAGCAAAUCAUUGGCAUUGUGGUGAGUCACUGCAACGGAAGCAACCUGAGAAAGAAAAUGAGAGCAGCGAUGAAGAACUACACCGAUGGCGGCAGCAACAUCAUCAACUUGGUCUCUGAAAACUCCCUGAAACAUGCUUCAGAUAGUUUGAGGAGAGCAAACUGUUUUGGUACAGGUGCCCAAGGCGAGGAUCACAUUUUCAAUAAUCCUAACAUGACUGAAAUGACCAAGGUGGAGACGUCCUUGUUCUGCAAAAAUGGCACCAAGCUCCCGCACUGGUUUGUCUCUGCUUACCGAGCCCACCGGAUCCCUCAUGAAGUUGCAGACGUAGUUACACAGAGCUACUUUAUAUCCCCGCCUCAGGUGGAGGAAAAGCCGUCCCCCUCCUGCUACCUACUGGUGGAGCCAAUCGUGAGGACGGUCUACACCAUGCUGUGGCAAAGCUCCCAGGAAAGAUAUGGUGUUUGUGACAGUGUAGGAUUGAGUGAAGGGAAUGUUGGUGCUGGUGAGUCACAGCAAUUUUUUCCCCAGAGUGGUUCAUUUCCAGAAUCUUGGAAUGCAAAUGAAGCGUAUGAUUCUGAUGUCAUUGUGGAGGAAGACAGUGAAGAAAGUGAGGUGGACGAAACAGAGGAUGGAAAUAACAAGAAUGUUGGUCUCUUAGAGGAGGAAGAUGUUGAAAUAACUAAGGACACUGAAACUAAAGUGGGAAAACUUAGUAACUCUGAUGAAGAAAUUGACAGACCAGUUAUUGAAAGUAAGGAAACUGGAGGAGACAACUCAAAUGAAUCUGAGGCUUUGUGUGAAAAUGUAGAAGAGAGUGAUGAAGAACUGGAGGGAGGGACGGACCCUGCCAUGACGGGAUGCCUGAAGUGGUACCUGAGGAAAGGAAGCAGAAUGUGGAUCAAGAAAGUGCCUCAUUUAUCAGAAAGAGAGGCGAAGGCGUUGCCCUCACUGGUGGAAGUUGAGUCCAUGUCACUUCUUGAGAAAAGGACAGUGUUUUACUCUGUGCUGAGUGCCAGUUCACAGUCCACAUCAUUAGACUUACCUGCUGACCUGGAGUUAAUUCUUGACUUCAUCAUUUUCUGGUAUCAAAGGAGCUCGUCAUCAUUGAUAGACACACACGCCUUCUCAGCCUUAGUGUGUGUGUUCAUGUACUACAUAAUAGAUGGCAAAGUUGGAAGAGUCAGGACUAGGAAAGCCUUUGAAGAUGAAGAGAAGUGGAAGGCACAGUUCUCUGCGCUACAAAGUGAUGCAGCGUACUGCCGGCCGGGUGACAGCUUGAGGGACACCUUGGCCCAGGUGUCCGGGGAGGAAUGUCUGCUGGCGGCACACAGGCUCUUCAAGUUCCACCACAUGGACCAGAAAGUGACCGACAAGUACUACAGCAGGAAGACCGUUCAUGCAUUCAGUGAGUACCAGGCUUGCAUAUAUUUUGUGCAACUCCUGAACACUCUGUUGGGCUCUCCGUUUCCCCUCCUCAGUAUUGAGCACUUGUGGGGCGGCACGUUUUGUUACAACAUAUUUUUUGACUUGAAAAAGAGACCCAAACCUUUGGUGAGAGUGUCAGAACUAUUAGGGAAAGGAAGCUGUCUUGAAAAACUGUUCUACAUGCUGUUCGCACGUCUCGGUGAAAUCUUAAACUUCAAGAAGUACCGAGGAAUAGUUCAGCUUGUAGAAAAGACAGAAAUGCCCGAAACUGAGGACCUCCCUGAGAAAAGUGAUAAAGUAACAAUGCAUAAGACUGUGGAGGACAUUCCUAAAAAGACCAAGAAGAAAAAGAAGCACAGAAGGAAAGCAAAUAAGAAAGAUUUGCCCAGUGAAAAGGAAAGGAGGAAUCCAGACGAGGGAGAGAAUAACCAAGAGGAGGAAGAUGAGUCAAACAUGAGUGGAGCUGAACAGAAAGACAAAGAGGUGGACUUACUGGAUAACCGUUUUGCUGGACUAUUGGUAAACCUAUAAGCAUAAAGUUACCUGCACCAUAACUUAUACCAUUUCUUCUUGUUGAUGUCUCAGAGGCACCAACGAAGACAGCAACCACCUACCUCCAUCCGUCCCUGUCCCCUGCUCUUUGGGGAUUCAGCAAGGCUCAGUCAUGUCCAGAAGUUAGCAGACUUACCCAAACCUGCAGUGGUGUACCCUUGCAGUGCGCUUCUGAAGUGAUGUGUAUGUAUCAGGGGAGUUUGUAAUCCACACAAGAGGCGUACAGUGUGAAAGGGGCGAUCUGACGUUUUUGUAGUUUUGAGUUUGUAGCAUUUUAAAGCAACCACCAGCCACCAGACUGUAGUGUUUUAAAGCGACCACCAGACUACACACAAGCACACCAGCUGAGUUUGACAGAAUUGCACAACUUUAGGUCUAAGGGUGCGUCCACACCGGCAAACAAUGUUCAUCUGACAAACACUGUUACCAGUGGAAAGCAGAAAAGCUCACUGAUGACUUCAGAAGCAAGAAGCAGCUGAACUUCAGACACUGUCUAGUGGUUUUUAUUUUUAUUUCUUAUUGUGCACCAUGGUGAUGUACCACACUAGACCCUGGCACCAACCACCUGUCACCAAAGUCCACACUAACACUGACUUUUUAAAUACCUGUGUUGCCUACCAACAUCAGCUUCAAACAUUGUCUGCUGGUCUUUGCUUGAACAGAGCAGAAACUGUGGUAUACAACUUCAACUGGUACCACAGUUUGGUGCCAUAACUUCUCUUGUUUCAACCAUUAUGACAUCAUGCUGCUUCACCUUAUGAUAUGGUAACAGUGUUUGUCCAACCAACACUUCAACAGUGUGGACACACCCUAAGAAACACACCACUUCCAAGGUUGCUUUAUCCUUGGCUUGCUUUACCAUUUAGUAUUAUAAAUCAGCCUCCAAAUGCCACUAAAACCAGAACACAUCAGUCCCAAGAUGCCCAGAAAAACAGACCAUAUGGUUGCCCAUUCUACACUAAACCCCUCAUGUAGUAAUCACUGUCAUCUUUUCUUAAUUGCUGACAUGGAUAGAGACAAUAAUCACUCAUCUUUUCUUCAUUGCUGACAUGGAUGCAGACAAUCAUUCAUCCUCCCAUCUCAUUCUUCACAUUUUUACCCACUUUUUCCAGGGUAAGAUGCUUUAGAUAUGCUGUUUGUACAAAUAUUUAGAGCCUGGGUACACCUUAAAGAAUAGGGUGAGGCUGCCUUGCCUCACUUUAGGGAGGGGUUAGGCCUAGUCCAUUACAACUGGUGCAAGUUACUUCCUCUUCUUCCUUGAGCCAGAUAAGCUGCUAGUUACAAGUUACCAACUAUUUUUUGCUUGGUUCCAGCCAUAUGGGAUUUCCCUUAUAUGCAGAUCACCUCACUGGCAGCCUGGUAACAUUAUACUCCCAGGUCCUCUGUGGUGGAUAGUGGAGUGUUUCCCAUGUGGUUUUGGUAUGCUGGAUAUAUCCCCUCCCAAAGUUAAUGGCUGUAAUUUUUUUUAUUAACUAACAGCCACUGUUCCAUUCAGUUGAUGUCUUAGUAGGAAAUCUGCAGUCAUGUUAAACCCAUUGUGGAAAGUAAAAAAAACUACUACUGAUCAGUUUACCGUUUACUUAUAAGAGCCUCCGGAGAUCACCCACCACAUUUUCCAGGAAAAAAAAUUAAAAAAAAAAAAGAAAAAUCACAAAAGGGAGUCUCUAAGACUUUAUGCCGAAAAGCUCAUCAACCCGCAACCCUAUACAGGUCAACAAGUCUGACAGUGUGAGGCAACAGUAAGAAUCUUCACACUGCAUGAGAGGGCCAGCUGCAGGGCCAGGAUUGUUGGCAGCACAUGGGCAGCAGGCAAAGCAGCCAAUUGGAGGACAUGGUGGGGUGAACCUGA